GCCCUCUCUUCACUUCUUCUUUCUCUCUCCUAAGUCCUGAGUUCUGAGUUCUGAGUUCUGACCCCCAUCAAAAUUCACUCCCACGUCUCCAUUACUAAGACCUUCUUCAAUCAAGAUCUGCGCUUUCUCUCUAGUUUCUACCUCUCACUUCAUGCACAUCAACGACGCUUAAUUGACGGCGUUGCGGUGGUUUUCAUGGCGGUCAUAUAAAGCAUAAAUUAUUCCACCAAUCAAAUUAAUUUCAAGCUUUCUUCAAUGGCGGAAGAAACCUUGUCCGAGGUUCUCUAUGAAACUCUUCAUCACGCUUCUCGUCCUUGUUUCCCUAAUUAUCCUCCUCGACAGGUGAGUGAUAAUUCCAAUUCAGGAGUAUUAUCAUUGCUAUCGUCUCGAGGUUUGGCUCAACUUAAAGAGAAAUGGUCUGCAUACAAAGAACCUAAGAAAUUGAAGAGGUUGGUGUCGUUGUUUGUUUCUCCUAAAGGUGAACGAGUAGCAGUUGCUGUUGGAAAUCAUAUAACCAUUUUACGGAAGGAUGAGGACUAUCAACAACCAUAUGGGACUUUUAUUAGUCAUAAUAUUAAUGCAUUCACUCUUGGAGUAUGGUCAGAAUCACAUGAUGUUCUCGGAAUUGUUGAUGACAUGGACACAUUAUACUUCAUCAAAUCAAAUGGCGAAGAACUAAUGAAAGUCGAGCGCAGGCAAUUUAAAGUGACAUUGCCAAUUGUGGGCCUUUUUGUGCCUGAUGUUACAGAGACAGUGGGAUCUUUCCUGUGCAACUUCAAUUUUCUUACUUCAGAUGGAACCCUACAUCAAAUUGAGAUCAGUCAGGAUCUCAAUGCAUCUCUUUCCUCAAUACGGUUAUGGAGUGAUAUAAAGAGACAUUCAUCAUUGAAUUUAUUCUGUUUAGACUACGAUGUAGAACAUUCCUUGCUUGUUCUGGUUGCUGGCCCUCCAAAUUUUUCUCGGUCUACAAACAGCAGUACUGGGUCUUGUACACUCUCUGUAUGGAGCUGGAGUCAAAAUUCAGAUUUGCUACAAGUCAGCAGUUUGCAAUUCGAAGGUGUUUAUAGCAAACCAAAAGGCUUUAGAGGCCUCGUUGUAUCUCCAAAGGUGUUGAUCUCACCUCAUGGGAAAUUUAUUGGCACCCUAGAUAUGAGAGCACGCUUGAGCAUUUUUAAGCUCAAUGCUGACUGCCCAUCUCUUUCUCCUUUUGCUUGUGGGGAGACAAAGAGUGAUUUUUUUGAAGAUGUUGUUGAUUUCACUUGGUGGUCUGCUCAUGUGUGCAUUAUUAUCAAGAAUGGAGGUGCUACAACCUUUUUUGAUGUUAUAACUGGUAAAAAGCUGCUAGAUGAUGAUCCAAUGUUUUCUAUGCCGGUUUUGGAGAACACUAAAUGUUUCUUGGGCAAGGUGUUUGUUCUGGAUAUUCCAUUGCCUAAAGACAGAGAAAGCUCUGAUCAUUUAAAAAUAAAUUUCAUUCAUGACAUAGAGCAGUAUACUGGAGGAAACAUUGAUGAAGUGGAGAUAUCAAGACUCUCAUGGAGGUUGUUGUCACUUUCAAAGAAAACAGUUCCUGAAAUGUAUGAUGUCCUUAUCAAGAGUCACAGUUAUCAGUCUGCUUUAGACUUUGCUGAUCGUUAUAAUUUAGAUAAGGAUCAAGUAUUUAAGUCUCAAUGGCUGCACUCUGGACAGGGGAGUGAUGAGGUGCAUAUGUUUCUAGCUAAUGUCAAGGAUGAAGCUUUUGUGCUUGGUGAAUGUGCAGAGACAAUUGGGCGUACUGAGGAUGCAUUGAGGGCUUUGCUUGCAUAUGGGCUUAACUUGACUAAUAGCUACAAGUUUUCUGAUUCUGCAUAUGAAACAUCUGAGCAUGUAUGGAACUUUCGUCUGACAAGACUUCAAUUGUUGCAAUUUAGGGAUAGGCUGGAGACAUUUCUUGGAAUAAACAUGGGCAGGUUUUCUGUGCAGGAAUACAGCAAAUUCCGCAUAAUGCCUAUUAAUGAAUCUGCUGUGAAGCUUGCUGAAAAUGGUAAAAUUGGAGCUUUGAACCUUUUAUUGAAGCGCCAUCCUUUCUCCGUGUCUCCUUUUAUUUUGAAAAUACUUUCUGCUAUACCUGAAACGAUCCAAGUUCAAACAUACAGUCAACUCCUUCCUGGAAGGUCUCCUCCUUCAAUUACUGCUCUUCGUGAGAGAGAUUGGGUUGAAUGUGAAGAUAUGCUGGAAUAUAUCAGAAAUAUGCCUGAUAAUGAUGGAAGAUCUGUGCUUAUUAGAACUGAACCAGUUAUCAAGCAAUUAUCAGGGAUUUCGUGGCCGUCUACGGAUGAGAUGUUGAUAUGGUACAAGGAAAGGGCUCAAGAAAUUGAUACAUUUAGUGGACAGUUAGAAAACAGUAUCUGCUUAAUUGAGUAUGGUUGUCGUAGGGGUAUGUAUGAGUUACAGCAGUUUCUGGAUGACAUCUCAUACUUGCAACAGCUUGUUUAUUCUGAAGGCAAUGAUGAUGAGAUGCAUAGCCCUAUUAGUCUUAUUGAAUGGGAGCAUCUGUCCGAUUACGAGAAAUUCAAAACCAUGCUGAAGGGUGUGAAAGAAGAUAAUAUUGUUGAAAAAUUACGUGUCCGUGCAAUCCCAUUUAUGAAAAAUAAGCUUCAUUUGAGGGGAGAUCACCAGAGGGGGGAUUCAUUUUUGUUUCAGUGGUUGAAGGAGAUGGCUGCUCAGAACAGUAUUGAAUUUUGCUCCGUAGUCAUUGAUGAAUGGUGUCGGGAUGUACAAAGUGGUUUUUUUGUGGAUGAGACGGAAGCAGCUGGCUGUGCGUUGCAGUGCAUAUACUUAUGCAAUGCUACGGAUAGGUGGAAUACAAUGGCAUCAAUUCUAUCAAAGUUUCCAAAUGCAAGAGGUAGUGAUAUUCGUUCAGAGGGCCUAGAGAAAACACUCAAAUCAGCAGAGGGCCAUGUUGAAGCAGGCCGACUCUUGGCUCUUUAUCAGGUUCCAAAGCCAGUGAAUUUCUUUCUGGAGGCUCAUAAUGAUGACAAGGCUGUUAAACAAAUUCUUCGUCUUAUACUCUCAAAAUUUGCAAGACGCCAACCUGCCCGAUUGGACAAUGAUUGGGCAAAUAUGUGGCGUGAUAUGCAGUGUUUGCAGGAAAAAGCUUUUCCAUUUAUAGACCAGGAAUACAUGUUGAUGGAAUUUUGCAGAGGUCUGCUUAAAGCUGGGAGAUUUUCUCUUGCAAGGAACUACUUAAAGGGUACAGGUACAAUCAGUUUGCCAAUUGAGAAGGCAGAAAGCCUUGUGAUUCAAACAGCGAAGGAGUUUUUUUUCUCAGCAUCAAGUCUAUCUUCCUCUGAGAUCUGGAAGGCUAGGGACUGUCUGGAUCUCUUUCCUAACAGCCCAAAUGUUCGAUUGGAAGCUGAUGUCAUCGAUGCAUUAACAGUCAAAUUGCCAAACCUCGGUGUAAAUGUUUUGCCCAUACAGUAUAAGCAAAUAAAGGAUCCUAUGGAAAUUGUCAAGAUGGCAAUUACUAGCCAGGCUGGAGCGUAUCUAAAUGUUGAUGAAAUUAUUGAAGUUGCCAAGCUUCUUGGGUUGGGUUCUCAGGAAGAUAUAUCUUCUGUUCAAGAAGCUAUAGCACGAGAAGCUGCUGUUGCUGGUGAUAUGCAGUUGGCUUAUGAUCUAUGCCUUGUUUUGUCUAAGAAAGGCCAUGGUCCUGUUUGGGAUCUUUGUGCUGCAUUAGCUAGGGGUCCUGCUAUUGAGUACAUGGAUCUAAGCUCCCGGAAGAAGCUUUUGGGCUUCGCUUUGUGCAAUUGUGAUGAUGAAUCUAUUGGCGACCUGCUACAUGCAUGGAAAGAUCUGGAUAUGCAAGCCCAAUAUGAGUCACUAAUAGGUACCCAUGACUUUGCUGAUAAAGGUUCCUCAUUUAUUUCAGCUCCUGGUCGCGCUGCUCAAUCUGUAAUGGUUGGUGACCUUUCUGAGGACGAAGAAACUUAUUUGAGUAGAAUUAAGGCAAUAAUUUCUAAGGUAGCCAAAGACCUUCCUGUGGCAAAUGGGACCAGUUGGGAUGAUUUUCUAAGAGAUAAUGGGAAAGUUUCAUCUUUUGCUAAUUUGCAGCUGCCAUGGUUAGUUGAACUAAGCUGUGAACCUGAACUGGUAAAAAACAUCUAUCCUGCUUCGGUGCCAGGAAAGCAAUAUGUUUCAGUGAGAACCCAGGCCGUAAUAACAAUUUUGUCCUGGUUGGCAAGGAAUGGGUUUGCUCCCAAGGAUGAUUUGAUUUCCUCUCUGGCUGAAUCCAUCAUGGAACCACCUGUUACGGAGGAAGAUGAUAUUGUGGGUUGCUCUUUCCUUCUAAACCUCAUCGACGCUUUUCAUGGGGUAGAAGUUAUCGAACAGCAGCUGAAGGGACGGGAAGAUUACCAGGAUAUCUGUAGCAUUAUGAAUGUUGGGAUGGUAUAUAGCUUAUUACACAAUUCUGGAGCUGCAUGCAAAGAUCCACCCCAGAGGAGAGAGCUAUUACGGAGAAAGUUCCAGGAGAAGAUUAAUUCAGAUGAUCUGGAUAAAAUUGAAAAGGCACAGUCCACAUUUUGGAGAGGCUGGAAAUUGAAACUAGAGGAGCAAAAGCGGAUGGCAGAUCGUACAAAGGUGUUGGAAGAACUAAUCCCUGAGGUUGAUACUGCACGCUUCUUGUCUGGGGAUUUGCAGUACAUGAAUAGGAGUGUCAUGUCCUUCAUUGAGUCAGUGAAACUGCAAAAGAAAACUAUCUUGAAAGACGUGUUGAAGUUGGCAGACACCUAUAGCUUGAAUCGCACAGAGGUCUUGUUGAAGUUUCUUGCUUGUGUCCUAGUUUCAGAAGCUUGGAGCAAUGACGAUAUAGAUGCUGAAAUCUCAGAUUUCAAAGGAGAAAUUCUUGAUUCUGCUAUAAAGACUAUUGAUAUCAUGACCUCUAUUGUGUAUCCCGUGAUUGAUGGGUGCAACAAGGCUCGUCUUGGUUAUCUUUUUGCGCAGCUUUCACACUGUCACCUGCAUUUGGUGGAAACAAAGGGCUUGCACUCCUCAAAAAUUGAUGACCUAACAGAUUCAUUUCUAAAGUUGGGGCAUUUUUACCGGGUCCUCGAACAGGAAUGCUUUCAUGUCUCCUCCAUAACAGAUCUCAACUUCAAAAACAUUGUAGAUAUAAGCAUGGGCAGUCUGAACUUUGAUCGUUUCAAUGAUGAAGUUUACCGACAUGUUAAUGAAUCUACCGUGGAAGCAUUGGGCAAAAUGGUACAAACACUUCAUAAUACCAUUCCUAGUGCAACCCUAGAGGAUAUUAUAUCCUGGCAAGAUGUUUAUAAGCAUCAUGUUCAAACUUUGCUGCAGAAUUUGGAGUACAGAGUUAAAAAAAUUCAUAUCAAAAAUCCUGAGAGCCUACAGAGCAUACUAAGUGAACUUGAGCAGACCUAUGAUGUUUGUAGAAAGCAUUUUAGAAACUUAGAGCAUCAGUCUGCUUUGGUCAUCAUGAAGCAGUACUUCAGUGGAGUUGUCCCUUUGCAUGUUCUUAAAGAAAGUGUGCAUAGUGAUCUUUCUCUGAAGGAUUGCCUUAUUGUGCUUCUUAACUUCUGGGUGAGAUUAAAUGCUGAUAUGGUGGAAAUUGCCGAAAGUUCAGAUGAGAAGCUAACUGCAGUUUCUUUGAUGAUUUGCCUCAAGGUUUUCAUGAGGUUAGUCAUGGAGGGAAAAGUUACACCAAGUCAGGGAUGGGGCACUAUGUAUUACUUUGCCAAUUAUGGCUUCUCAACUAGUCCGGUAGAACAUUGUUCUUUCUGUAAAGCCAUGGUCUUAUCUGGAUGUGAGUUUGGCUCAGUGGAUGCCGUAUUCUCUGACGCUCUUUCAGAAUGCUCAAAUUACCAGACUGUGAGCUCUGACACAAAGGACAUUGUUAGUUGCUCCCUAGAUGUUUGCAGUUUAUACCUCAACAUACUAGAAAGUAUCUUGUCAAACUUAGUUCAUGACAAUAGUGAACGCCAGAGCUUGCACAACUUGUUAUCUUCUAUUAGCAGACUGGGAGGUGACUUGGAAGUUUUAAAGAGGGUCCGAUCUGCAGUUUGGGAAAGAAUAGCCAAGUUCUCUGAUGAUCUGCACCUGCCCAGUCAUAUUCGAGUAUAUGUUCUGGAGGUAUUGCAGUUUAUUUUAGGGAGAAAAGAGAAGCUUUCGACAGAGGGGGACUGGAGUAUCCUUCCUUGGGAAGAGUGGGAUGAAUGGACUUCCACAAGUAAGAAUGCUGAACUUACAGCAGAAAGAACUUUUUCUAAUCAAUCAGAAGCAUCUAACAGGUUUAAGAAUACAUUGGUUGCCCUGAAAACAACUGAGCUUGCAGGAUCAAUUUCUUCCCAUUUGGAAAUUAACGAUGAUGAUCUACUGACAGUUGAUUCAGCAGUUUCUUGCUUUGCAAAAUUGUGUGAAGCAGCUGAUAUGCAUGCUCAUUUUGACUCCCUUUUGGCCAUAUUGAGGGAGUGGGAAACCCUCUUUCUGGUGGAGAAAAGAAAAGAAGCUUCUGUAGAAGUGUCGGGAGCAUCUGAUUCAGGCAUUAACUGGAGUGACAAUUGGGAUGAGGGCUGGGAAAGCUUUCAAGAUGAAGACCCUGUUGAGGAAAAGAAAACUGAACCUUCUGUCUCUGUCCAUCCUUUACACACAUGCUGGAUGGAGAUCCUAAGGAAACUCAUAAUACUUUCAAGAUUCAAUGAGGUGAUGAAAUUGAUCGAUCGAUCCUUGGAAAGACCUGAUAUAGUCGUAAUCAAUGAAGACGAUGCAAGUAACCUGAGCAACAUGUUAAUUGAUUCUGAUUGCUUCAUGGCGUUAAAAGUAGUGUUAUUGCUCCCAUAUAAAACAUCACAUUUGCGCUCCUUAGAUGCAGUUGAAAACAAGCUUAAACAAGGAGGUAUUCCAGAGAAGAGCGAUAAGGAUUUCUUAACUCUUAUUUUAUCUUCUGGAAUAAUUUCCACUAUCAUAUCUAAACCAGCAUUCGGAGCUACUUUCUCUUACAUUUGUUACCUGGUGGGCCAAUUUUCACACCAAUCUCAGAAUUCCCUCGUGUCAUGGACAAAUCAGAAUAUGAGCGAAGAUGAAGGCUUUUACUGCCUUACUUUUAGACAAAUUCUGUUUCCUUGUUUUGUGUCGGAGCUGAUAAAGGCAAAUCAGCAGAUUCUAGCUGGAUUUCUUGUUACUAAAGUAAUGCACACAAAUCCUUCUCUUUGCUUGGUUAAUGUUGCCGAGGCUGGCCUCAGCCGGUAUUUGCAAAGCCAUAUCAAGCUACUAGAAUGUCGUCAUGACUUCGAUGUUGAAGCAAGAAAACCUGAGAUACUACGAAAGACACUUUCUAACUUGGAAGUCAAAUUAAAGGACUUGAUCCGAUCUGCGUUAUCGUUGCUUCCAAAUAGUUAGUUCAUAGUUGUUAUAGCAACCCAUUGGUGUUGGGUUUAUACUGCUGAUCUUUGUCUUUUCAGCUAGAAGAUUUUUCUUUUUGGAUAAGCAUUUUUAUUUAGCAGGAUAUAUGUAGGGGUCUUGUACAUGUCUUGUGUUGUUGAAUUGUACAUUUCAAGAGUAGGCUGGUUUGCUUAAAUAUAGUAAGUAACUUUGGUGCAAUACUUCUGAUGGCAGAAUUUAUCUGGAACUCAAUCCCAUUUUUGAAGUUU